UAGAGGAAACUGAUUAGUCUGCUUUCGCUUGUAUCGACUGUAUUUUUAGUAUCCGUCCAACAGCCGGAGCGCAGCAGGUAGUUGCGCAUAGAAAACAUAUUGGAUAUAUUUUCUGUUCCUUGCUGUAAAGUUGAAAUUAGAAGUCAAAGACCCAUUUAACAACAGCAGAGGCGGGGGUGCACUUUGUUAAUAGCGCGACUGUUAAGCUCAGCUAAUUAGCUAGCAUUAGUUUCCUUGUUCGGUGGCUUACGGGAUGUCAUACAGGAAAACUUUGAAACUUAUUUGCGGCUUCGCUGGAGGCUCAGCCGUCUUGGUUUUCGCCGCCGCAGCUGCCGACUCCCGCGGGUACUUUGGAGAGCAGGGCGGAGAGAGGGUCAGUCGGUGGUCGAGAUUCGCCGUCCUUCAAGCUGCCCAGCCGGCGUGGACCCCUGCCAGCCACACGCCAACCCCGACCGGACACGCCUGGGACUUCAACUGGGACAAGAGAGAUCCAUCUGCUCUGAUCAACGGGAAAAAGAAGGAGAAUGCGACCGAAGACCCCAGCUCUGAGCAGAACAACAGCAAACCGAAAGCUACACGCAACAUCCUCCUCAUCAGACACUCCCAGUACAACUUGAGCGGGAAUAGUGACAAGGAGAAGAUCCUCACUCCUUUAGGCCGUGAACAGGCCGAGCUGACCGGCCAAAGGUUGGCUGCACUUGGAUUGAAGUAUGAUGUGUUAAUCCACUCCAGCAUGACCAGGGCCACGGAGACAGCAAACAUAAUCAGUAAAUACCUCCCAGGAGUGGAGUUAGUGAGAUGUGACUUGCUGCGAGAAGGUGCGCCUAUUGAACCGGUUCCACCCGUCACUCACUGGAAGCCUGAUGCUGUGCAGUACCACGAAGAUGGAGCUCGCAUUGAGGCAGCCUUCCGCCGCUACAUCCACCGGGCUGACCCCAAACAGAAGGAGGACAGCUAUGAGAUCAUCGUGUGUCAUGCCAAUGUCAUCCGUUAUUUUGUCUGCAGGGCUCUUCAGUUUCCUCCAGAGGGCUGGUUACGCAUGGGUUUGAAUAAUGGCAGCAUCACAUGGCUUACCAUCCGCCCCAGUGGUAGGGUGGCCCUCAGGACUCUUGGAGAUGCAGGAUUUAUGCCCGCGGACAAACUAACACGGACCUGAUAGGCUGACCCAUGACAUGUUUCUCCUUAAGUGUCUUCAAAAAAUUAUGGUGUUGUUUUGUAAUUGAACUCUGAUGUUAUCAGAGACUUUGUGGUGGUGGUGUUAUUACUUCAGUGCCAUAGGAUGCCAGCAGAAGUGAAUAACAGCUGCAUAGCAACUCCUCCUGAAUGUAAUGAAGAAUGUUUACACAAGUGACUGAGUUUUUUCAAACCAAAAAAAACAAUCUAUUUGUAAAGCUGUUGUACAUGCUAUUAGCUUAACAUUUCAGGAUUAUGUUGUGGUGCCAUUGUAGUGAAUAAAAUCAUGAAUGCACAA